CACACAUCCUGCUGCAAUAACCACGCCUAGUGUUGUAAUAACCACACCUACUGCUGUAAUGACCACACCCCCUGCUGCAGUGACCACACCUAAAUUGAGCAAGACAACGGUCGAUCCCAAAGAUGGUGAUAGAGAGAAACAGAAGCAAGGCAAUGACGAAGAUAACGCAGGGCAAAUGAUGUUUAUAAUCGCUGGAGCGGCCGGUGGUGGCGUUGCGGUGCUUCUGACUAUCCUUAUCAUAUUAAUUAUUAUGAGGCGGCGCAGGCAGACUCCGUACACUGAUAUCUACGAAGCUUCCAGUCCGCGGUGUAGCGUGUAUGAAUCUGGUGUGUUAAAAAUAGAAAACCCCACUUAUGACGUGACACUGCUUCCCCCGCCUGAUAUCGUCAUUCACAGUCAUGACGUCACGGAUACCCAAAGACACAUCCAGGGCAAAAACGGCGAGGCAAUUUCAAAUACACCUACUACAGAAAUAUAGAAAUUGCUUUUAAAAUCCCUUCAGUUAAGGGGAAGGACAGCCCAUGGUGUUUUGUGGACAAUGUGUGACUCUGUUGGGUGCCUGUACAUUUAUAUGAAAUUUGCAACAUUUUGUUUAUCAUUGUCAGAUAAUAUACAGAGGAAGCAUAUACAGAUAAGGCGGAGGCCAUCAAAUAAAUUAAUGGGCAUUUUAUAAAUAUCGAUUAAUGUAAGUCUCGGUGUUAAUGUUUUUGAAAAGAGGAAACAUGAUUUAGUUUACGACCUUUUGUAAAAAAAAAAAAAAUAAAAAUAAAUAAUAAUAAUAAAAAGCUUCCUAAAAGCAAGCUGCAAAUAAAAAUUACCUUGGUGAAACUUCUUAACAAAGACCUAACACGUUUAUU